AUGGCCCGCAGCGACGUUCUACCUCCUCAUGUCGACCCCUCGAUCCGCGAAGUCAACGAUGUACUCCUGGGCAUUGGUGGUAUCACCUACACCAUCUGCUAUGUCCUGAUGGCACGUCAAUCCAUCCGCGACCGCACAUACUCCAUGCCCCUCUUUUCGCUCGCUUUCAACUUCGCCUGGGAGAUCGUAUUCGCCCUCUACGUUGCCGAAGAACCUCGAGAGAAGACUAUGUUUACCAUAUGGAUGCUCAUAGACCUCGGUCUUGUCUACGCGGCUGUCAAGUACGGUGCGAAUGAAUGGAAACAUGCGCCUGCAGUGGGCAGGCACGUGGGCAAGAUAUUUGCAGGCAUGCUUGCGUGGUGGUGCAUUGCACUUUACGCUGUGAGCAGUUGGUGGGUUGAUCCAGUCAACCCGGUCAAUCCGAAAGUCGGAAAGGCAUAUCGUGGUGUCAAGGGCAUUGACACCGAUGAGCUGGGCUUUAUGACGGCCUUGGUCGCGCAAGUUGUUCUGAGCGUCAUGUCACUGGCGCAAAUCAUGGUUAGACAAAGCAGUCGCGGGUCGUCCUACACGAUUUGGGCGUUAAGGUUCAUUGGUAGUCUGGCGGGGCUAACUCUGAACUAUGGGUACUGCUGGUGGGUAUGGCCGGAGGCGCAUGGAUACUAUACCACCCCCAUCAACAUUGUUAUGAUGGUUACUUGGAUACUGGCUGAUCUGGGAUACUUCGUGGUGCUUUGCAAGGUGCCGCGAGUGUACAAUACUGUGGAAGACAAGAGCAAAUGA